CGCUGGAGCUGUCGGUGGCAUUAACCUCAGCAGACUAAGAUUCACCAGCACAAAACGAAAAACAGCCAGAGAGAAAAGAGACAUCGAGCACCAGCAGGGUUGAAACUGAAGCACAUCGAGGAGUGAAGAACAGAGGCUGACCAGAGCAGCUCAAGAGCAGUUGUUUCUUGAACAUUGUUCAUCUCCAGUGUGCCUGGACUUGGAGGUUUGAGGAGUUCUUGUCUGGCUUGACUUUGAACGAACUCUUGCUUCUGUGUUGCUCCUGAGACAAAGAGCAGAGACAAUUCUGAGCGGUGCACAGGCUGUCGUCUUCCAGCUGUGUCCACACUUGGUUUUGCAUUUGAUUUAAUCUGUUCUACCAAUGGCUGCUGUGCGUCAGAUGGUUAUGGAGGCCUCUGGCUUCCACGUCCUGCCGGCCCACUUAAUGGCCUCAGCCAUGGAGGAGUUCCCCCAGCAGCUGCCUGUCCCCAAGGGCCCAGCAAAGGGCAAGAGCCGCUCCCGCCGACCUCGUGAGGCUCGCUUCAAAACACAGCCUGUCACCUUUGCUGAGAUUGCAGAGGUAGAAGAAGAGGGUUCCUCACCCCUGGAGGAGGAGAGGGCACGCCGUUCCUUCCUGCAGUCAUUGGAGAACCUGCGACGGAGCACACAGACCCUCCAUUGCCCGCCGGCUGCCCAUCACAGCUGCACCCCCACACCUACACAGGCCAGCCUGGACUCCAGUGACUCCGACUCCACCCAGUGAGGGGUGGUGCAUGCCCAUCGCUCCCCGCUUCACCUUGACGCCGCUUCGAAUGGAGGCCAACUGAACUGAACCAAACUGGCCUGUCUGCCAGACUGCCUGUGUGUGUGUGUGUGUGUGUGUGUGUGUGUGUGUGUGUGUGUGUGUAAGCUGCUGCUGUCAUACGAACGUCUGCAUUUAAUAUAUACUAACAUAUCAACAUACAGUACAUAGCCUGAAGGUGCACAUCUGUAAAGAUCUCUACCCGUGCCACAGGCUGGUGAUACUGCUGUAUAGAUAUGACGAGUGAACAAGUAGCAGAUGACUCUUCAGACGUAUUCCUUUUCUACUGUAGAUGUCUAUGAGGAAAACUUGAAUGAUAAAAGCUGGUUGAGAUUUUUCCAUUUUAAAGUUGUAUAGGUAUUUUUGUUUCAAUCCAGAUUUUUCUACUUGACCAGUCACCAUAGGAAAGACUGUUAAGUUAGCAUUGUAAAUACUUUGACUAAGCAAUGUACUGAGCAUCGCAAGUGACCUGGCCGUCACUGAAGCAGGAGAGUAAAAGCUUUGCCAAGAGUUCAAACUCUUGUUUUCCAGCUUUUCCACAAUGAAUGAAAUCUCUGCUCUUCAUAGAGCAAAAACAAUGCCUUUCUAAAUGUCCUUAUUUAUUCUCUUGUGUUGUUAAUAACUAAGUGGAGUUGUAGAUGUGAUAUUUUAUUGCUCUUUCUGACUUCUAAAGUCCCCUCAACUUUCAAAGAAAAUCAUAACCUUUAUACUUUAUAUUUCGUUACUUUAUACAUACAUGUUACAAUGUUUGUUAUAUGUACUUUAAUAAAUAUUUUCAAGUA